AUGAGUCCUCUCUCUGAGCUUUUGCACAACCUACCCCCACAAUAUGUCGGCUACGUCUAUACAAUACUCCUGCUGCUCAUUUUCUGGGUGUCUUGGCGACUCUGGAGGUUCACCAUUUCUCCAAUACUCCACCCCGAGCUACCAAAAGAACUCCCCUACUGGAUUCCGUUCCUUGGCCACGGGCCGGCGUUCUUCAAGAGCUCAGAGGCGCUAGUAGCUAGAGCCAGUAAUUACUGUGGCAGACAGGAGCCGUUCGCAAUAACGCUAUUUGGCAGCACCCUGUACAUUGUCGCCAACCCGCAACAUACAGUGGAGGUGUAUAAGAGUAACCACUCGCUUUCCUUUGAUGAAUUUGCCGAGGAGCUGGUCCGAACAAAUGGAUAUAGCAAGUGGGCUGCCAAAACAUCCUACACGGACCUACCUAAAGACAAGGCAGGAUUCCCUAAUCCAAAGGGGACGUCAUUUGGGGGCCUGAUCCGGCAGAUGCAUAUUCACCAGCUGUACCCUGGUGACAGGCUACGAGUGAUUGAAGACCAGUUUCUAGAUUGGUAUGAUCGGAAUUUACAGCUGAAGAGCAUCCAGACAGGGUCUAUGGUUCACAGUAGCAACGGGAAUGAUACGACAGUGCCGCUGAUGGCAUGGGUGUCGGAUUAUGUGACGCGCGCAGGGGAGGCGGCCUAUUUUGGAGACAGUCUGGGCUCGAUUGACCCGGAUCUAGCCCGGGCUUUUCUCGAAUUUGACGAUCUGAGCUGGCAGGUUUUGUACAGGUACCCGGCUUUCUUAAGCGGUGAGAUGCGAAGUGCCCGCCGGCGAAUGAUGCAGGCCUUCUCCAAGUAUCUGGCCAUCCCCCAGGAAGAGCGGACCAACAGUGUCUGGCUUCUCAAGGCCAUGGAAGAUGAAGCGAGAGGCAUUGGAAUUCACGACCAAGAUAUCGCCGUGCUAUACUUCAACAUCUACUGGCUGAUCAAUACCAACACGCGUAAAAUUGCCUUCUGGAUGCUUUCCUUCCUUCUCCACUGCGACGCUUCACUCAUUGACCCAAUCCAUGCCGAGAUCGGUGGCGCAUUCCAAGGUAAUACACUGACAAACCUGACUUACAUUUGCCAGUCCUGCCCCACGCUGGAUCGUGUCUGGCAUGAAUCGCUUCGGCUAUGUUCCAACGCGGCUUCCGUCCGCUUGAUACGUAGCGACACCACCAUUGGUGGGAAGAGGAUGCUGACAGGCAACCGCAUCAUGAUCCCGUAUCGGCAGCUCCACUUCGAUGGGCGUGUGUAUGGGGCAGACCCGGACAACUUCCACCCUGAGCGCUUCGACAAGGCAAAAGGGGGGGGCGACCCAACCAAGGGCCAUAGCUGGCGGCCAUUUGGGGGCGGCAAUACGCUAUGCACCGGCCGCUACAUUGCAAGGCGGUCGACGCUGAUCUUUGUCGCUCUGAUUCUGCGCCGGUUUGAUUUGGAACUCGUUGGGCCAACUGGCCCCCCUGAGCCCGACAUUGGCAGACCCGUACUUGGCAUCUCGGGCAUCAAGGACACGGAAGACUUCAUGGUCAAACUGAGGCCCCGGUGA